ACGUGAAUACUGCAUGUAUAUAUCGGAAAAAGUUUCAUCAGCAAAUUUGUAGCGAGAGGAGACGCAGACGAAGUGUUCGUCCACAAAUCUUAUCUGCAUUUUUUUAUUAAAACUUUGUGCCAGACAGUUGGAUUUUUGUUGGGUUCCGCUCGGUAUUCUCUCCAGGCACAAAGUGAACUAAGUGCUAGUGAGAUAAGCUGCCGUAGAGAAUUUACUUUCAUCCCAUCAUGGAGCAAAAAGGACGAACCAAAGUGAACGUGCUCUUGCAAAUCGAGAAAGAUGUCCAGAAUGAAUGGCAGAAGAAACGUGUAUUCGAGGAGGACGCUCCCGAGAAAUCUGGAAAGCCCAAGUAUUUCGUAACAUUUCCUUAUCCAUACAUGAAUGGCCGACUCCACCUGGGACACACAUUUUCGUUAUCGAAAUGCGAGUUUGCUGUGGGCUACCAACGGAUGAAAGGAAAACAGUGCUUGUUUCCCUUCGGUUUUCACUGCACCGGUAUGCCCAUCAAGGCCUGUGCGGAUAAGCUGAAACGGGAGAUGGAGCUGUAUGGAAAUCCGCCGGUAUUUCCCAGCGAUGAAGAGAAUCAGGAAAAUGCAGCCGUGGAAGAUAAGGGACAGGGUGAUAUUGUUGAUAAAUCCAAAGGCAAGAAGAGCAAAGCUGUCGCUAAAGCGGGUUCGGCGAAAUAUCAGUGGAACAUCAUGCAGGCUUUGGGCAUCGAGGAUGAAGAAAUUGCAAAAUUUGCCGACACCGCUUACUGGUUAACGUAUUUCCCACCCUUGGCCAUGGAUGACUUGAAGAGCAUGGGAUUGAAGGCUGACUGGCGACGUUCUUUUAUUACAACGGAUGCCAACCCGUUUUAUGAUUCCUUCGUGCGCUGGCAGUUUAUUCGCCUGAAAGAGCGUGGCAGGAUUCAGUUUGGCAAACGAUAUACGAUUUAUGCUCCCUUGGACAAUCAGCCAUGCAUGGAUCAUGAUCGAGCAUCCGGCGAGGGAGCUGGACCACAGGAAUACACCUUAAUUAAAAUGCAGGUUCUGGAACCGUAUCCUGAGACGUGGAAGAACAUGAACGACAGAAAAGUUUUCCUAGUUGCCGGUACGAUGCGACCGGAAACCAUGUACGGACAAACAAAUUGUUGGGUGCAGCCCGAGGACAAAGUCAAAUACAUUGCAUAUGAAAUGAAGAACGGAGAUGUUUUUAUUUCCACUGAGAGAGCCGCGCGGAAUGCGUCUUAUCAGGAUUUAACGGAGGAUUUUGGCAGAUUCAAAAAAGUGAACCUUAAAGGAGACGGAAAUGUUUUAACUGGACAGGAUCUUCUGGGUUUGAAACUGAAAGCACCAUUAACUUCCUAUCCACACAUUUAUGUCCUGCCUAUGUUUGACGUGCAGGGAAACAAAGGAACCGGUAUUGUUACCAGCGUUCCGUCCGAUGCUCCUCAUGAUUAUGCUGCUCUGCGAGAUUUGAAAAACAAGCCGGCGAUGCGGUCGAAGUAUAAAAUAACGGAUGAAAUGGUUCUCCCGUACGAACCGAUACCGAUUAUCGAAGUGCCGGAGUAUGGGAAUCUAUCCGCUGUUACUGCCUGUGAACUUUUAAAGAUUCAAAGUCAGAAUGAUAAAGAUAAGCUGGCCGAAGCGAAGGAGCGUGUAUAUCUUAAAGGAUUUUACGAAGGGACCUUGAUCGUUGGUCCGCACGCUGGCAGGAAAGUCCAAGAGGUUAAAAAAUUAAUUCAACAAGAGCUGGUUCAGCACGGUGAAGCCGUUGUGUACAUGGAGCCGGAAAAAGAAGUUAUUUCCCGUUCAGGAGACGAAUGCGUCGUUGCGCUGUGUGAUCAGUGGUAUUUGGAUUAUGGGGACGAGGAUUGGAAGAACCAAGCACGCCAGUGCCUGGAGCAGUUGGAUACAUACUCCGAAGAUGCCCGGCGAAAUUUUUUGGCCACUUUGGAUUGGUUACAUGACCAUGCCUGCUCACGGUCGUAUGGGCUUGGCACAAAACUGCCAUGGGACCCUCAGUACUUGAUCGAAUCUCUGUCAGAUUCCACUAUCUAUAUGGCUUUUUACGCCGUGGCACACUUAUUGAUGAAGUCAUUGGAUGGAUCACAACUGGGACCGUUUGGCAUUAAGCCAGAACAGAUGACACCGGAAGUGUGGGACUAUAUCUUCUUCGACAACGUUGCAUACCCGGACCACACCGGUAUUUCCAAGGAACACUUGGAUAAAAUGCGCCAUGAAUUCCGACAUUGGUAUGGUGUGGAUAUGCGAGUGUCGGGCAAGGAUCUCAUUCCUAACCAUUUAACAUAUUUUCUGUAUAACCAUGUGGCUAUGUGGCCCACGGAUCAGACCAAAUGGCCGAAGAGUAUCCGAGCCAAUGGACAUGUGCUCUUAAAUUCGGAAAAAAUGUCCAAGUCUACCGGAAACUUUUUAACACUCCAGGAAGCAGUAGAGAAGUUUUCUGCUGAUGGAAUGCGUCUGGCGUUGGCCGAUGCCGGUGAUGGGUUGGAAGAUGCCAAUUUCGCUGAGUCAACGGCUGAUGCGGGUAUUUUACGUUUGUUUACCUGGUUGGAAUAUGUGAAGGACAGUGCACAGUUACCGCUGAUCGACCGGGCGGAACUGACAUUUAAUGAUCGAGCAUUUAAGAACGAAAUGAAUUUUAGAAUUCAGGAAACGGAAGCUAAUUACGAGAAGACAUUGUUUAAAGAAGCUUUGAAAAGCGGAUUCUAUGAAAUGCAGAUGUGUUUGAGUCGGUAUCGGGAAUUCUGUGGUCAGCAAAAAAUGCAUCGGGAAUUGUUGGGGAAAUUUUUGGAAGUGCAGACUUUAUUAUUAACACCUAUUUGUCCGCAUGUUUGUGAGCACAUUUGGAAGAUUCUCGGGAAGGAAGGAAGUAUUAUGAACGCACAAUUUCCAGUGGCAGAACCGGUGGACGCAAUCUUAUUGCAGGCGUCGCAGUAUGUCGUGGACAUGUUGCACCAGUUCCGUAUCCGUUUGAAGACGUAUCUGACGCCGCUGAAAGGGAAACCAUCACCUGGUAAACCGACGCAUGCCAUUGUGUGGGUGGCAAAGACUUAUCCCAGCUGGCAGAAUGCGGUGUUGAAGACUCUCCAGGGGUACGCAGAGAAGAAUGGACAGCUACCGGACAAUAAAGAGAUUCUGAAGGAUCUCAAGGGGAAUGCAGAGGUGGCUAAGUUUAUGAAAAAGGUGAUGCCGUUUGUGCAGAUGAUGAAAACGAAAUUCGAAACGGAUGGCUUGAAGAGCUUGGCUACCGAAUUGCCGUUUGAUGAGCGGGAAACUUUAUUGGCCAAUAUGGACUAUUUGAAACAGACCUUGGAGGUGAGCGAUUUGGAGGUGAAAUAUGCCGGGGAAUCUGGUGAUGCUAAUUUGGUGGAGGAACUGUGCCCGGGUGAGCCGCGGAUUGUAUUUCGGUCGGAAGUCGUUGCUAACGGAAUUUAAGUCAGCUGGUUGGCAGCUUUGGUACAAGUUCUUGUCAUAUUUUCUUGAUUUAAGGGUAUGUCUAUAUAAAUAUACGAGUAUUUGUUUUUUAUUAUUAGUACUCGUAGUAACGUGCACUCUAACGGUGUGUAUGAUGACGUUGGGAACGUUGUUACGUUAUUGGUUUUACAAUUUAUCUGCUGCUUAGCAUUGUAUUUUAAUAAUAUAAAGAAUUAGGAAGGAUUCAAACAAA